CGAUUCGGCACAUGUCAUCCGAAAAACCAAGGCUAUGGAUAGCGAAUUGCAAUAACCCUUGACUCUUUGUCUGCUCUGACUAGAUACAGGUCACCGAUACCGCCAUGUCUGUGAACGAUACCUACCGAGCGUCUAGCCCAGAGCAUGAGCCAGAGCUCACUGCAGAAACUACCGCCGAGCAGAUUGCAGAGCUCAAGGAGUCUAUACCCCCAUCCUCUGCACCUGUCAUCGCGAUUGAUCUUCGAUGACGUGUUGAGCUGUACCAAUGCUGUCGUAGCGCAAUGGCACAAUGAGACUCAUGGUACCCAGAUGACCACCAAUGAUUUUUACUACUACUUCUACUGGAAGAAUCCAUUUUGGGGAACGCCUCACGUCACUCGCACGAAAGUCAAAACAUUCUACACCAGCGGUCUGAUGGCGCAGACCCAGCCCGUACCUGGUGCACGCGAGGGCGUAGAGGCCUUGUGUGCGCUGGGCUAUCGCUUGAUCAUCGUCACGGCUCGAGGCAAAGAUUCCCAUGCUGACAGCUGGGCCUGGGUCGAACGUUGGUUCCCUGGAUGCUUUCAUAGCAUGAUAUGCACUGGCCAGUUUGCGAAUUCUUCAAAGCACGCGACAGAUGGCGCAGACGCCUUGAAAGAUGCACCAAAGGAACAUGAGGUCGCCACGCGGUUGAGCAAAGCGGAGGUCUGUAUUGACAUUGGAGCCGAAUUACUGAUCGACGACUCGAUGGAAAAUGCGUUGGCCUGCGCAUAUCAUAUUCCAUUAGAUGGAGUAACAAAGCCUCCCCCGGUACUCCUUUUCGGCUCAUAUGAAUGGAACAAGCGAUUAUCAGUGGCUUCUGAUGAGUGCGACGAUAUGGUUUACGAAGUUCGUUUACAAAGAGAAGGGGGAAAUUUCCUGGAAGAGGAUGUGAAGCGAGGGGACAAGGCAUUGGAGCAAGCAAACACCCAUCUUUCGGUGCACCGGGCUAGAGACUGGAGUGAGGUUGUGCGAUAUGUCACGGAGUUGAAGGGCGACCGUUCGUAGCUUCAUGAAUGUUGUAGGUGGCUAUUCAUUCAUUUCUAACAUCGGUUACUGCUGAUAGGUCCUACUCAUUUUCCAAGUAUGAAGCACUAGGUUGCACCUCAUACAGAUCAUUCUUUGUACAGGUUACACAUGUCAUAUAGACCAUUCGUUAUACCGCCGUCUUAUCACGCAACU